UCCUUUCCUCGUGGACCAGAUGCUGAAACACUAUGUGAUAAAGAUUUUAGGUUUCAAUUGUAAAGAGAGAGAAGUGGGUAAAUCAGUGCGGCCUUCUUUACCAACAAUGACAAAAGAGACCACAGAACAACAGAGGCUCUGCCCUGAUGAACCCGAGGACACGGAGAGCUACUCAGAAUCUGUGAAAUUUGAUGCUCGCUCAAUGACAGCAUUGCUUCCUCCCAAUCCUAAAAAUGGGUCUUCCUAUCAGGAGAAGCUGAAGUCCUUCAAAACUGCCCUAGUUGCCCUCUACCUUCUUGUGUUUGCUGUUCUCAUACCGCUCAUUGGGAUAGUAGCAGCUCAGUUUAUCAAUUGGGAAAUGAAGAACUGCUUAGUUGGUUCAACUAACACAAGUGAUACAUCUCAAAAUCUGGUUGGAAAAGAAAACACCAGUAAAGCUGAAAUGAGAUUUACAGCUGUCGUGGAACACAUGAAGGACAUGGAAGAGAGAAUCCAAAGCAUUUCAGACUCAAAAGCCAACCUCAUAGAUGCAGAACGCUUCCAGAAUUUCAGUAUGACAACUGACCAAAGACUUAAUGAUGUUCUGCUGCAGUUAAAUUCCUUGAUUGCAUCAGUCCAGGGUCAUGGGAACUCCUUAGAUGAGAUCUCCAAGUCCUUGACGAGUCUCAAUACUACACUGCUUGAUGUCCAGUUCCAUACAGAAACACUGAACAGCAAAGUCAGUGAGUCUACAGUGAAGCAACAGGAGAAUAUCAGAAAGUUAGAGGAGCAUGUGCGCAAACUCUCAGCAGAAAUCCAGUCUGUGAAAGGAGAACAAGAGCAUGUGAAACAGGAAAUAAAAGAGGAAAUGAAAGUAUUGAAUAACAUCACUAAUGACCUCAGACUGAAGGACUGGGAACACUCCCAGGCACUGAAAAAUAUCACCUUCAUUCAAGGGCCUCCUGGACGCCCAGGUGAAAAGGGAGACAGAGGGCUUACUGGACAAAGUGGUCAACCUGGUGUUCCAGGUUCAAUAGGUCCUCCAGGCCUUAAAGGUGAUCGGGGGCCAGCUGGCUUCCCUGGAAAUCGAGGAUACCCAGGGGCACCUGGAAAGGCUGGGAGAACAGGAUAUCCUGGGCCUAAAGGUCAAAAAGGAGAAAAGGGGAGUGCAGGCAUAUCGAGAUCAGUAUAACCCCCUGAUCAUAUUGGGACAGGACCCUUUUAAGAUCAGGUGGGUUGGGCAGAGCACUCCACUAAGGCCUUUCACCUCUGGACAAGCCAUCAGCACAACUGACUUCUGGGAUCUUUUUCAACUCCUCCAAAUGACCUUGGUUCCUGUGUCAUCUCAUGCCUGGCUUCUACAUGACUUCUUCUCCUGACUCUGGGUGCCUUUUGGGCCCCAAUGCCAUAUGUUCACCAUCAUGAACUCUGCUACAAUGACCCCUAUUCCCGGGUACCCUUCACCUAGAUGCAUGUACUUGCUGACUAAUGAGAUGUUCCUGCCUCCUUCAGACCUUCUCUCACCCAAUCUCAUGGAAUCCAAUUUAACCCAUUGGGUUCUAGGAGAAAAUUGAUGGACAUUGAUUAAAUAUGGAUUCUCAAAUAGAAAUAGGGAUGGAAUAGGAGGAAGUCUAUCCAUCCACUCUUUCACUCAUUCAUUGUGUCUGUUUUGGAGCCAGACAUAACAAUAAACAUUUUAUCCAACAUUAUAACUAUGAAUAUCCUAGUUAUAAACAAAGCAGAGAAAACUAUCCUGGGGAAAGAAUAGGAGGAGACAAAAUAAUCUUUGUCCCUUUGUAUAUUAAACAUAACUUUAUUUGUAUCGCUUGCUUCACUUUCCUACCUUAUUAUUCUCCAAAUCAUAUAUAUGUGAGGGAGAGAUGGAGUGAGAAAGAGAGAGAGAGAGAGAGAGAGAGAGAAAGAGAGAGAGAGAGAGCGACAGAGAGACAGAGAGACAGAGAGAAGAACUUGGAUAAUGUCUUCAGUACAUUUGAGUGGGAACCAAACUUAACUUCAUUAAUUACCUAUUCAUUUCAAACAUUUUGAUAAUGAAAAAUCAAUUUUGGUUUUGAUUCUAGAAAGCUAUUUACCUUUACUUGCAUUUUAUGUUUUAAAUAUAUGUAUAUAAGCAUAUACAUAUAUAUUUGAAAAUAUUGAAAUAGAAAUGGAGACAUUUUGUAUAAGUUAUAAUAGGAAAAAUGCAAAACAUGAGAAGGAAAGAAAAGAAAAUGCAGGAAUAAUAAAGAUAUAAGAUCCCAUGUUGUUUUCAAGUUGUUGCCUCUCUGUGAGCUAACAGAGAAUAAGUCUCAGGUUUUUCCUCUCCUUUAUGUUUUAACACUAAGUCCUAAGGUCCACAACAUUAAGAUAGAAGCAGAAUUAUAAUUGUAUGCCUGUGUGUGUCUCACUUUUUCUCUUUUCUGCUCUGCCUAAUGAUGUCCCUUCCUACCCCACAGGGUUGUUGUGGGGACCAAAUUGUGUGUGAAGAUGUUCUGAAAGUCAUAAAGAUCUUUAAAGUUACAGGAGUGGUUUACAGCAGUCUUGCUGAUCACAACAGUCAUCCUUUCCUGUUUUCACGGAGACACGUUAAAUCUCCAAUCAUAUUAGGACAGAAAGAGAAAUGGAAAUGCUGAGAGCCAAAUUUUCAUCUCAGGCAAACAGAAAGAUGUUAGAGAAUAAGCAAGACUUUUGUGUUAGAUGAAGGAGCAGUACAAGUGUGCCCAGAUCACAAAUCAGUGAAUUUGUCUUAGCAAAGCAAAACAGCGUUAGUCAUGAGCAAGAGAAGCAGCUAAAGCAGAGGCCAUAUCUGUUGACAGAGGGCAGAACAAAAUGUCAAACUAAUAAAACAAAAGUCUGGGCUCCAGAGGACAAAACCUGAGCCCGGAACAUUUGUUGAGAAAGUUCUGAAAAGGGUGGCAAGGAAAUGGUACUGUCACUGCUAGUGGGUGUGUCUGUGCCUGCAUGCCACGGAGAUAUGAUCAAAUCUGGUCACAAAGGAAAAGAAAAGGUAAUUAGCCAGUGAUUCUGGCAGUCUGUAGUAUUAACAGACUAGCUGCUCUGUGCAAACGUAGAGAAAAUUGGAUUUGUGCUUGUGGCUUAAUCGCCCUGUGCUGUGGAGUGUGUGUGACUCUCUUCUUGUGCCAGAAGGCACUGCUGUGGACAAUGUUGGCGCCAUACAGAAUGGCCCUGAUCCCAGAUUGCUGGCAGGCAAAUUCUAGGAAUUCAGUUCUCAAGUCAUCUCUCUUUAGAAACUAAGCAUGGAUGGUGAAGUGUGGAAUAUUAACCUCCACAUUCCCAAUUAACGAAGAUGACUGUCUUUCUCUUUAGAUAACAAUAGAUUCCGAAUGUCCUGUCCAAAGGCAUCAAUUAUCCCAGCUUUUAUUAUAUUUGAUAAAAAUUGACAAAUGGUAUGUUCUGUUGCCAUGUUAACUAGAAAGGAUAUUUUUGUCAAGCAAGCGAACCAUAUAAUCAAACACUAUGAGGCACCAUCUUAAAGAGUCUUAAUGCUUAUCAGUGGUGUGUCAGCAUGCUCUGCUCACAAUCAAGGAGAGAGAUAGGAUUUGAAUUUUCAGUAUCUUAUUCUCAAACUCAUACAAUGAUAUAAAAAUGUGUUUGAUUUAUCCUGAGAAUUCACUCAAUCUUAAAUAAACUUUGGGUUUUUCUCAAAGCAUUCAGACGGUUAAAGUUAAAACCUUCUUCUCCCAUCACUAAUUAGAAUAAUAAACAUUCAGAGGAUACUUAUUUUAUACCAGAUACUUUUGAUGCAUUUUCAUAUCUAAUACUCAGAAAGUCAUUGGGGUAGGUGCUAUUAGUAUCACUGUUUAAUGAGCUAGAAUCUAAGGUCAACUGCUAAUAAAGGAAAACAGCACAAAUUCAAACCCAUGCCUACCAGUUUCCAAGUCCUCAUGACUCUGUGAAAUGCUUCCAUAUUAGUCAAAUAUUUUAUGCAUGUAAAUGCUACAAAUAUUUAAUAUGGAGGGUUUGGAGGUGGAAAAGAGAGAGAACAUUUGUAAUUUGCAGUUCCGUUUUGCAGAAUGAGGCUUCUAAUUUAAAGACCAUCCCCCAGGAGAAAAAAAAUCUAUAGACUAGGUUAAAUUCCAGAAGUGUCUUAUUGAGUCAUCCUUGUUUAUGUUUCCACCAUCGUAACUACUGCACAUGCUGCCUGCAUUCUCUCCCUCAAGUCUAUUACUCAGACACAUCGUCUUCCUGGAAGUGCUCUCAAGACUUCCAUUACCACUAAUGAGAGUUACUUACAUGCACCCAGGGAAAAACUACCUGCUAAUAGUUACCUUUAUUUCAGUAACUGACUCAGUUUUCACAUUUUCCAGGAUCAGUGGCUGCUUUGAUGCCUCUUUGCACUUACUGUGUUUUCUUUUUCUUUCUUUUUUUUUCAAGUUCCACAGUGUACUUUUCACAAUAGCACUAGUUAUGAGCCAGAAAAACAGGCUACAUUAUACUGGAGCAGGAACGGCUUUUGGUAAAUAAGACAAAUGCUAACUACUUUUAUGACAAUUGUGUUUUGUCUAUAGCUUCCUGUGAGUCCCCAGAUAGUUAAUAAAAUCAUAAAACAUUCCUCUAACACAAUACAUGUGGUUCUUAAUAACACUACUAGUAUGUCUUGUAAAUGGAAACAGAUUGAAAUCAGCAAUGGAUAAGUAAUUAGCUUGUCCUGUUUAGUCCUUCUCCCCAGUUACUUUCAGCAGAUCCAAUUAGAAAGGAAAAGUCAAUAUAAUUCUAUCCAAGAUUUGUACCAGCAAAUUUGAAUUUUGUACAGGGGUUCAGAAAGAGAAAAGAAACCAAGAUUGCAGCUUCACAUCAUAACCUCUGGGGAACUAAGAGUCUGCUCACACCCCAUCUCUAGUUAUGAGCCACUGAACUUCUGUACAGGAACACAACAUCAUCUGUUUUGUUCACAUUAUAGGUAUAGACUUGCAACCUACUAGUUGUUCUCCUCUACCUGUCUUAUCUGGAAGUGUGACAUUGUUAGAAACCGAGUCACAAGUUCAAUUUCCUAGAACAACAGCUAGCUAGACUGCUCAGGACAAGUCCAAGGGCAUCUCUACAGCACUUGAAUUAGGCCUUAAGCUGUGUAUCCUUUACUAUUCCCUAGGGUACUGAAGUUACUCAUUUUAUUCCUCUUGUAACUUGGCACACCCUGGUUGACACUGUUCUAAGUAAAAUAUGUGAAUUCCAGAAACUUUACAGAUCAAUUUAAAGGCCUUGAAUGUGAAUUGCGAAGUGAAAUGGCUGUGUUUCCUAAUGACAUUCUGUGGGAGUCUGAAUUUUCACUUCCUUUGGAUGCUGACAAGUGUAAUGGAACACAAAUAUUCAGUUUUUUAUGCACAAUGUUUUAAUAAAACUCCAUAUGGUUUACAGCAUGA